CAAAGGUCUCAAGGACUUCAUUGAUCAGAUCUGCAAGUCGGAUCGAGCUCCAAUUCGGUCUGCUCAUUGCUUCUUCACCCCCCGCACUCGCCAGGGUCCACUAAUUCGUCGGCCUUUCGGGCACAAACAAAGAGUAGUGGUACCAUCCAAAGUUCCAGCUUAGGUGGCUCAACUGGACAGUCCAUGGCUAUGAUGGGACCCUUGCCCUCACCCAGCUCUCAGACACGUCCCAGUCUUCGAUCGCAGCUCAAAGACACUGUUCUACCACCGAUUGGUAGUAUCGAUCCAGAAUUGAUGGAGAGGAACCAGGAUAUGCUGUUAUUGCCACAUCUGAUUGAUUUGGGGAAAGAGCUAGCGCACUUCACGACGACGGUCGCCCGAGUGGUCCCACCAUGGCCGCCGAUGUACGACGAAGAGGAGGAGAGUCGCGAAGAGCAGAAUCCGAAGAACAAGGGUAGAAAUGGCAAUAACAGUGAACACCAACGGCUUCAAGAACUGGAGAAUCAAGGAGCAGAGGGAGAGGAGGAUAUUAUCCGAAAAGUGGGCCGAGUGUGCUGGGACGUGAUACAGACCAUCCAAGCGCGUGUUGAGCUCAGUGUACAGCUUGAACAGGAAGAGCGACUCCGAGCUGCCGCAGCUACUGGAGGAGCAGGGCCAGGGAUGGUGCAAGGGUAUUCCAAGGGCAAGAUUUCGAGGGAAGGUUUCCGAGAUGGCGAAGAGUCGUAUGUGGUAUAUGAGCAUUAUGAUGGACAUGACCCUGAGACCGAAAGUUUUGACGGAUAUGGACGCGAGUACGAUAGCGAUGAUGAGUCGUUUGGACAGCGUUCCCAACACGAUAUGAUUUGAGCAGACACUCCAUCAAAGAAGCGAAAAAAAGUAGCACUGUAUGGAUUUAGAAAGGUUCAGACAUUUGAGAUGUUCCUGUCCCUGAGUCCCUUUAUCCCUUUAAUGCACGUAUAAGAGUGAAAUGCAG